AAAUCAACAAAAGACAAUGGCUUUUAGAGAACAAGCAAACGUUGAAGUUGUGCUGAAAUUGGCGCAUGAGAUGCUUUUUACGGUCGAUCCUUCUGCGAAGAAUCAGACAGAGGAAGAGCAUAAAGAGAUUGACGAUAUCAUGAGAAGACGCAUCGCAAAGGAAGUUGAGUUGAGCUAUUCCCUGCGAGAUCUCGACAGCAUAUCAGAUGAAGAAUUCAUGGAUAGGAUGAGAUCACUUCUCUCCCCUGAAGAUAUGAGGAUGGCAUCUGGAUAUGUCGACCAAGAGACAUUUACAAUGGACAUCCAGGGAACACAAGCAACUAUACAGCGCGGAGGCAAACAAUUCCUUGAACCUAUGAAGCUGAACUCGAUGGAAGGCAUCAUGGAUUCAAUGGCAGUCCAAAUCGCUAGCCUUGUUAUUGAAGCUGUACUAUUUGUCGUAGGCGUUAUUGGUAUUAAAGUCCAUAUUGAAGAUUCUAUUAUCCGAAAGAUCAUAAAAGAAGUCAUGCCGGCAUUAAAACAGCCCGCUUUCAAACGAAUCAUAAGUUCAUUCGUUAUGACCUGGAAGGAGGGAAGUGCCCUGCAAAAAGCAAAAGCUCUUUUCAGUCUCGUAAAGGAAACCAAUUCCCUUGGCAUAUUCUGGAAAAUCGUGAAGAUGGCUUUUAAAUCAAUGAAAUGGUAUCAGUAUUUAAGAGCCGCUGCAGAAAUCACCGCGAUGAUUGUUGCUGCAUUUGCCACUGACGGUCUUGCUCUGAUUGCCAAAAUCGCUCUCUCCGUCAGCGAUGCGGUCAACAUAACGCAGAAAGUAAUUAACUUAACUAAAAUGUAUGAAAUGUCAAAAGCUUUUUAA